CUCAGCCACAACCCCUCCCCCGAUGACCUCAGCGCCGUGCCCAACAUCACCAAGGUGAGCGCAAGCAUCCCAGUCUGCACGGCUGAAACACAACAACAUAUCCAGUGCCCUCGUCGUUGCAGAUGGACAAGGCCUCGAUCAUCAAGGACGCGAUAGAGUACAUCCAACAUUUACAGGCAGGGGAGCGGCAUAUGGAGGUCGAGGUUUCCGUGCUCGAGUCCGCCGCCGGUGCUAAGGAUAACUAUGGCGACGGCCUAUCCGUGGAGCAGGUCUCCUCAGCACAGAGGAAGAAGGUGAAGCGCGCCGUAUCUAUUACGUCCAUGAACGAUGCCUUGCUCGCCGCGGCAGUAGUAGUGACGUCGCUGCCCGUGGAGGUCCUGGAGCUUCGCGUGCCAGAGGUGAGCGAGAAGCUGCUGGUGGUGAGCAUGACGUGCAGCAAGAAGCGUGGCGCCAUGACCAAGGUAUGCAGCGCGCUCGAGGAGCUCUGUCCCAUGGUAAUCAUCGCCAAUAUCACCUCCAUCUCCGACUGCAGCAUGCACACCCUCUUCGUCAAGGUACCUCGUCGUCGCCCUCCACAAUUCAUCAGCAAUAGCUCUUCCGCUCGAUGCCAUCCGAUGGUUCUGUUUCUACUUGGUUUACGCGCUCUCCGAUGUUGCUGGCGACGACACACGUGACCUCCACAGGCAUGUUCGACGUGCUCUCUGGUGUUGCUGGCAUGGUCACCAUGGUCGCCGCAAGCCGCGGAGGCGCAUAGUAAGUGUUCGAUGAAAUGUAUGAGCCAAAUACAAUUUUACUCCACUAAGUAUAGGGGAUCGGCUAGCUAGAAACGACCAAAACUUAGAGGAGUAAAAGUUUACUCCACUAACUUUACUCAGCCGUUUACUUCUCUAUAUUUUAGGGGAUUAGCUAGAGAUGCUCUUACAACUAGAGUGUUCUUCUUUUCUCUAUCAUGUGUCAAUUCUCACAGAGGGGAAUAUCAUAUGGAAACCAACAGUGAAAAACGGUGAAAACCCCGUGAAAAUGAAGUUUUUAAGUUUCAAAAAAACAUGGGAUGUUAAAAGGGUGAUAUUCUAUAGCUAUGCAAAAUUUCAAGUUCAAACGCAUUGCAGGAUGUGAGCUAUGAAAAAAAACCCAGUAUUGGAUAGUGCCAAAUAGUAAUGUCACUAUUCAUAACUGAAUUUAUGUCUUUUCAUGGCUCGCAUUCCGUAAUGUGUUUUAACUUUAAAUUCCAGACAACAGCAAAAACAGCACAAAAUUCUGAAACUAAAGCCAUGUAGGAGUAGCAUUCAGGCUGCGACUUACAAUCAAGCAAACUCCACUUGUGAGCACACAAGCUAGAUUGGAUUCCAGUCAACCAACCAACUCAACUACCAGCUGCCUGCUUACAAAGUGACAAAUGUAUAUAAUAUCAACAUCCAACAUCUACUACUUUUCUGAGAAUCAUGUCGUCAACUCAUCUGCCUUUGCCUUUUCAGAGCUACUAAUACGUUUCUUCACCAAAUUAGAUACUGUCAAUGCCAAGCAUUAGGAUUCACCUGGACCCUUUCUGUGGUAGCCUCGGAGCGAUCUGCAGUUUGGCGGUAAUCAAAAGCUUCAAGGACAACUGAUAUUCAGUGGCAUGCGUCUUUCAGAGACAACCUUGGACUAUUAUUUGCCCCUAAUCAGCUAGGAUAUACGAAUGAGCAGAUUUUGGUCCAAGGUUGAUAUUCAGUGGCAUGCGUCUUUCAAAGUCAAAAUUAGCACUUAAUUCAACUCUGAAUCUCCAUAGCUGGCGAAGAUCUCAAGGCUAAUUUUGUGCAUGCAUAUCUCUAGCAGUGAUCUUUCUGCGACCAUUGGACCAGCUUUUGCAUGGAUAUUCAUAUUAACUAGAAGAA